AUGGCCUCAGAAUCAGAAUCAUUCUCAGGGGGACAGCAGCUCCACCCUUUCCCCUGGAAAUUAGGUGUCUACGAUGCCCAUUGCCACCCCACCGAUACAAUGAGUCUCGUCCCUUCGAUUCCUGAUAUGAAGGCGCGUGUCCUGACUGUCAUGGCGACAAGGGGUGAGGAUCAAGAGCUUGUAGCUCAAGUUGCUGAUGCAUAUGGUCUCAAAGCUGCAUCGGCAGGGUAUAUGACCGAGCUAUCCAAAACGGAAUGCCUAGUGCCUGCUUUUGGCUGGCAUCCGUGGUUUUCACAUCAGAUGUAUGAUGAUACGGAGGUCUCGCAGUCCGAUGCUGAUUCUGAAGAAUUUAAGAUCCGCCAUUAUCAAUCUGUUCUGACGCCGAAGCCGGAUGACAUUGUGUUUCUUCGGUUUUUGCCUCAGCCUCGGUCUUUAAGACUGUUUCUUCAAAAUACCAAGGAGUAUCUAGAGAGGUAUCCCUUGGCACUCGUUGGAGAGAUAGGUUUGGAUAAGUCAUUUCGACUUCCUACAGACCUCUCGUCCGAAGGAGAGGUGCCGAGAGAUGAAUCGCUUACCCCUGGGGGAAGGGAAGGGAGACAUCUCACUCGUUAUAAGGUCCACAUGGAUCAUCAAAAGAAGGUUUUAAAAGCGCAGCUCAAGCUGGCCGGCGAAAUGAAACGAGCCGUAUCGCUACACGGUGUCCAAGCCCACGGAGUCAUGUUUGCCACCCUGCAAGAAACUUGGAAAGGCUAUGAGAAAACAGUUCUAAGCAAGAAAGAAAGAAGAAAAGUUUCGGGAAUACAGCAUCCGGAAGACGAAGAUCCAGAAACCUCGGUUUCCACUGAUGAUUCUCCAAAACCAUUUCCCCCAAGGAUAUGCUUGCAUUCAUACUCCGGGCCUCCAGAUCCUAUCAAGCAAUAUCUGCAUCCGUCUAUCCCGGCCGAGAUAUUCUUCUCGUUCUCUGAUGCUAUUAAUAUGUCUACACCAGCCUGUUCGACGGCUGUUGAGGUUAUCAAGGCUGUUCCAGAUGAUCGUAUAUUGGUUGAAAGUGAUCUACAUAUGGCCGGUAAGGAGAUGGACAGGAGGCUGGAGUUAAUAGCACGCAAGAUUUGUGAGAUUAAGGGUUGGGAUGUAGACGACGGUGUCAAGCAAUUGGGGAAGAAUUGGGAGCGGUUCGUGUUCUCUUCGUGA